UUUGGUUUUAAAGAUUUGGCAUGGCAGAUAAGCUGCAGCUGUGUCGCGAAUCUGGUCAAUCCUGCCGUAGAUCUUUUACGCGCAGUACAGAGGCGUGUGUAAGUGUGCAGGGUAGGUAAGCUGCUAACAAGAAGAAAGGUGUCCUACAAUGGAUGGUCUCGUACGGGAUGUGGGUGGUAGCACGUGCCAAGAUUUCCUGCUUGAGCUGCGUGUCCGUUUGGAGCUUCCUCCACAAGCCUCACGUCACAAGAAGCUCCAUCCAUGAUCCGCGAGGUGGACACCUGUUUGAAGCCAGCAAUUCAACGACGACAACCUCUACCACACACGACAGAAACAAAAUCACCAUUUUUACGCUCCCAUAUUAAUCAAAGACACUGCAACAAUUCCAGGCAACAAAUCCCUCGACCACAAUGGCACCGAAACGAGCCGUGACCCCAUCUAGGCAACCCGCCGCGCCCGCCGUCGCAGCCACACCCACUCCAGCCAAGGCGCCGAAAGCGUCGUCGUCGUCGUCGGCCGCAACCUGGGACAAGACAGUCACCAACGUGGUUGAUCACUACCUCAAGUCUACACCGCAAAGGAUCAAGCUCCUUGACGUUUUCCUGGGCUUCCUGGUCGUAAACGGCGCCCUGCAGUUCCUCUACUGCAUCCUUGCCGGAAACUUUCCCUUCAAUGCCUUCCUGUCCGGCUUCUGCUCAACCGUGGGCCAAUUCGUCUUGACAGUCUCCCUCCGAAUCCAACAGAACCCCCAGAACGCAUCCGACUUUCCUUCAGUCUCACCAGAAAGGGCAUUCGCCGACUACAUUGUGUGCAGCUUGAUCCUGCAUUUCUUCUGUGUCAACUUCAUCAACUAGGGUAUAUUCUGCGGGGGUUUCUCGGGGUGUUGUUGGUGCGAGGGGAUCAUUAGGGGCGAAAAAGGCAUUGCAUAUCAGACGAGACCCGAUCAUGGCUCGUCUGCUAUCCGCGGAUACUUGUAUGAUGAUUAGGCGGGCGAAACAUAUCACAGAGGGGGUAUAGAAACGUCCUACUGCUAUCACGGGGAAACAUGAAAUCGGGCCAUGAGCCAAUGGACAAAAGAGCCACACAAUGGCUCAGGGUCUAUCAGGUUCUACGCCAGCUUGGUACUGGAACAACAUAUAAAAAAGACAUCAUGACAAGUCUAUGGUUUACACUUUCUGCAGUGCCGCUCAACCCGCAUCCUCCCCUUCAGCCACCUCAGUCUUGGCCGCCGCCGGCGGAGGCGGCACAGCAGCCUCGCCAGCCUUGGGUGGUCCACUACCGCCAGCACGCGGCGGCGGCGCGACGGGUGUGGCCCGCCCGCUCGGUGCAUUGUCCAGCGCCUUGCUCUUUGCCUCCUGCUCCUUGAAGUAGUCGUCCAUCAUGCCCUUGCCUCCGCCCGCGCCGUGGUGCCUAUCCUUCUUCUUCCCCCUGGGCGGCGCUCCCGUUGUCGUCGUCGCCGCAGGAGCAGCCAACUGCGCCGGGACUAGGAAUUCCCCACCACCCUCGUAAGGCGGUUGCUGCUGCUGCUGCUGCUGCGGUGGCAUUGAUGCAUCAGCACCAGGAACGAAUAUGUUUGCUCCGUCCGAGACGAGCGGUGCGCCGUACUGCUCGCCGCCGCCGUCAAACAUGGUCUCGCCGGGCGCGUUGACGGGCUCGCUGAGCGGGGCGGGGAGGCGGUGCAGGGCGCCGUAGCCGAGGACGCAACCGAGAGCGCCCUGGCCGCCCCAGUCGCGGCUGGGCUGGAUGGAGAGCUCGCGCGUGACGUCGUACUCGUUGUUGUAGACCCAGACGCGCAGGGGGCGGCCGAUGUGGUCCUCGACCAGCUCGCCCAGCCCGCCCUCGCCGUGCAGGACGCCGUCGGGCGAGCCGAGGAUGUAGUCGCUGUAGGGAAGCAGACCUGCCUGGUCGGCGGGGGAGUUGGCGGGCACGUCGAGAACGUGCCAGAUGUUGGAGACGGCGGAGAGAGGGGUCCACUGCAGAGUCAGGCCCAGGGACGGAGCAUCGACGGGGACGGGGAUCUGGAGGGCGCGGGUUCGUUGGCCCUGGCGCACUCCACAAGCCCAGAGUUACUGUGCCGCCGGCGCAGUUGCGAACUUCCUGGGCAAACAAGCGCGGGUCCGGAUUGUCGAGCAUGCGGCCAUUGAUGCCGACGACAAAGUCAAACCAAGGCUCAAUCUUGAGCUCGAGAUUGUUGUUGCGCAGUACCUGGAAGCCAAACUGGCCAUAGGUGCUGUUGUCCUUUUGGGGCACAUCCCCAUCGAGACGGGAUAUGAAGCGGUUAAGAGCGUUGAACAUUGUGGUACAGGCCGAGGCCGGCUCGAUGUAUGGUGUUUUUGUUUUGUUAAUCCACAAAAUUCAAAGACAUGUAGUAUUAUUGUUUAAGUUGGCGUGCUUCUGAUUUUUUGUUAUUUGAAUAUCACGCCGUUGGAUAUCACCACAUAACAUGUAAUUGCCGCCAGC